GGACAGCAAUUUGUGGCCUAGUCAAAUGAGCAUCGUCUGCUGCAAGUGAAGUCUCUCGAUCAGUCCCGUCUGAACAGAUAAUUUAAAAGGUUCAUCAACGAGGUCGAAAAAUCAGCCAUACACGAUGUCGAAGCCGAGUUCGAAAACGAGCGAUCCCGUUUAUAUAUUCCUGGCCUUCUUUGUCCUGGUCGAGUUCAUUGGCGUCGUCCUCGUCAACACUCUUGCAUCUUUGCCUUCAGAUCCCACAGGUUGGUUCCUGAACACGACGGGUGACAUAUCGGAUAAGUACGAUGUAUCCAUCACCCCUGCUGGUUGGGCCUUUUCAAUCUGGUCUGUCAUUUAUAUCUGGCAAGCAAUUUGGAUCAUCUACGUCAUCGUCAACAUCUUCAGAACAAACAAAUUUGGAAAGGUGUACCUGAACCCAUCGCUCGUCCCGCCAGUAUUUCUAGCAUCCUACUCCGUCAACCUAGUCCUCAACAUUGCCUGGUUGUUCUGCUUUGAUAGACAGUAUAUACCAGUCGCCUUCGGUGUCUUAGCCCUCAUCGCAUUCAGUGCCUAUGUAUGUCUCUUCAUCAGCUACCGAGCCGUCAGUAGACACAUAGAUCAACUCUGGGAACAUCACAGGCUCGAUCUUUGGCUUAAUAGUAUCUUCAUCCAAAACGGCAUCCUCAUAUACGCAACUUGGUGUUCAAUCGCAACUCUCCUCAACUUUAGCAUGGUCUUGACCUACUGGGCUGACGUCGAAGAGAGGAUCGCCUGCCUUAUUUGUCUCUCCAUCCUCGCCGCCGAGCUCGUCCUCUACUUCCUCGUCGAUAUCUUCUUCCUCGAGUACCACCUGCGAUCUGCCUUCAUGGUCUACCCGGUUGUCAUCUGGGCCUCGACGGCGGUACUCGUUAACAACUGGGACCCCAACAGUAGUGUGUCUAUUUUCACAGCCGUCAUCGUUGGCUUAGCUUCCGCUGCAUUCGUGGUCAAGCAAAUCAAAUCAAUCAUGACAUGUUGUUGUUGCAAGGAUCAAAAGACUGAUGCAAGCAAAGAGAAAAUGUCGAUGGAGAACGUCGCCUAAUUUCGACUGCCAUUUCAAUAUUUUGAAGCAGUGGACUGUUAAAGCAAAGACUUUCUGUUGCAGGAAAGUAGUUGAAAUACUUUUCAUUAGUGAAAUACCUUUAUUUCUCCUGACGUCAUAUGCAGUGAGUCUGUAAAUAAUUUAAUGAAACAAUCAAUAGAAUUUUGCCCAUAGUUAAUUAGCGAUCAUGAACCAUGAAAACAUGUAAUGUGACAAAUGUUGGGAUCAUUUUAUUACGAGUCAGUAUCAAGCGUUUGUAUUUAGAAUAGACCACAUGAUGUUUCCUCGAAAUGAAUGUGGAUAAAUGCAUCGCAUUGAAAUAUCCGUAUAUCGUUGCUUUACCAAUUCGCAUCUCAAUUUUUGGGCGGGAAAUUCGCAAAUUUCUUGACAAGUCACAUUUUGAUCUCAAUGCGGUAGGCUCUAUUUGAACGGAUGUUCCCUUCUUUUUUUUAAGUGACCUGUUUGCAUGAAAAUAAAUGUAUAUAAUUUAUCUUAUGUAAGUCUAUCUGGAAAUUUUGGAAGAAAGGACAUCCCUUGAAAGUUCCUUAUUGGAGCCACACCCGGAGCAAGCUAAGGUAAUUAGCGGGGGGGGGGGGCACAAAGUAUAUUUGACCACCGUUUUUCACCGAAAGAAGGGGGGUUGAGGUAUUCGAAUGGGUGCGUUUGCUCUUUCGCAAUUUGAACCCUAAAAUAAAGUAAAUAUUGUAAUACCGUUUUUUCGUGGACAUGAUUGUGACUCCCUCCCCUUGGCUAUUUUGGCAAGCUGGUGAGAGAUUGAAGUUAACAUGUGGAUAUCGUCUUCGCUGACUUCGUCGUCGAGUCAAAGUGAAUAGGUAUUUUUAUUACCCCGCCCCCCCCCAAAAAAAAAAAUAAUGAUAAUAAUAAUCAUCUCAAAUAAUGAAUGCACAACCAAUUUGUAAAUAUUUAUCUAUAAUUUAUGUACACUGUAAAAACGCUGUUUGAAAUUUUAAGCACGUUGUUUAAUACCGUCACUUGCUUGACGUUUUCAAGAAGUUGUUUUGAAAAAAAUAUUUACAAAAUGGUUGUGCAUUCACUUUCAAAGCAAUUUAAACAACUUGUUAUAGUGACGGGCUUAAACAAACAACGUUUUUACAGCAUAGCAAGGCCUACUAUGUACGGGAUAUCAUAAUUGCAUAAUUAUGAAUGUCUUUUGAUUGAAACAAAGAGAGAGAUAUAUACAUAUAUAUAUAUAUAUAAGAUAGAUAUCAACUUGCUACUAUUUAUUGUCUUUUUCAUGUAUUUACUAAUAAAAAAUGAACUAACUA